AGUUAUCCUCGAAAGAUUGAAUUCCAUUCUAUGCAGUUGAGAUUGAAUUGUAUUGAUUCCUAACUAACUAAAGUUUACAUUUUUCAUUUAUAUCAGGUAUAAUUUUCCAUUUGGUUUACUGAACUUUUGUUUUACCUCUUCAAAGCAAAAUGCCAGAACUGGAUGGAAUUUUAUGAUGCAGGAGCAAAAUAUGACUAAUGAAGUUUUACUGAACAAUGCCUUCUUUCUACAUCUGAAGAAACAUUAUAGCAAGGAGCUAAAAGUAUGGAGAGAACCAGAGUGGAGGAUCUGCAUUCCUACAAGUGAUGCAUUAGACAGCCAUGAAGUCUUCAGCCAACACUUUGUUGAAUGUCAUGCUUUGCAUCAAACUUCUCAGUUAGGAGUGUUUACAAGUCUGGGAUGUGGCAAGAGCAUCACAUAUGAAUUGACGGAGAAUGAGUUGGUACGUCAUAGCCACAUCUAUCGUGGUACAUCAGGAGGCUGCAACCAUGAAGAUGAGAAGCAUGGAAGACAGUCAGGUGUUGGCUUGCAUACCACAAGAAUACCCAUCAAUGACAUUUACCUUGAGACCAUGGAGGAAAGUCUAGUUCACAUAUUGGUUGUCUCUGCAGUAUUGGACUCUACCAUUGAAGAGGAGACUUAUUUCCACACUCAUCUCGAUUCUGUCCGGCUCACGACCAAUGAAGAAGCUGAGCAGUUCCUGAACAGCUUCAGCAGCCACCAGCCUGUGCUGGAUAGUGUAGCAGCCAGACUUCAUCACUGGCAGGCGGAAGCGGCCGCAUCACAACCAUUACAAGAGAUGCAAACCUACUUGAACGACGUUCUAGUUGAUUGCUGGGAGGACAUUAUUCGAAGGCAUAGCCUUGAUUGGCAGACAAACAAGAUUUUCCAAGAUCUCCUAUAUAAUGCUCUUGAUUUUGUGGUGGUUGGUAAGUGUCACAGCAUGUUGUGGUGGCGCAUACGAGAGAAGUGUGGUAGCAUGGAUGAUCUGGUGAGUCUGCGGCUGAAGCAUCUGCGCACCGCCUGUUUCACACACAGUCAACUGCAGCUGCCUGAGCUGUGUGAGAUCACCACACCAGCUGCAGUCGUGGAGCUCGCCGCCCUGGGCAACUUAGAGAGCGCUAUCGCCCGUCUCCACUCCAUGCAUGCUGCCAUUGAACUCCUUCAGGCUCAUGGAAAGCAAGCUCGAGCCGAACUGCAAUCCUUCAAAGGCUCUACUGCUGAUAACGAACGUCUGUCGUCAGUAUCUGAGGAGGAAGUGCUAGGACUGCUCACCAUGGCCAUCAUUGAGGCACAGUGUCCACAUCUGGUGAGCAACCUUUACUACACGUCGCACUACGUCUUCUCCCUGCCUGACAACCAUCCUCUCAGGAGCAGCGGGAACCUGGUGCGGACGGCCCUGAAAAGCAUCAUGCAGCUGGACAUUAGUGAGGUCCUCAAGACACCCACUAAGCCGCCUAUCAGGAAGGAAAUGUCACUCUAUGACCUCAUGCAGGUGGCCAAUGCUGUAGAGCAACGUUUCGAACGCCCUCGCCGGGAGGAGGUGGGGCAGAGCACACCUGACAUCAGCAGCCUCGAUCUCUAUUACCAGCAGCUCACUGAUAGAGUACAGAGGUCCACCAUGGAGACUUCAAGCAUCGACUUGUGCCCUAGUGUAUGCUUCUAUUCCCCAAUAUCGGAGGCAUCGUUCAACUCGCCUUACUCGCCCCUCGGGUCUCCAGUGCUGCCCAACAGGACAGCGCAGGCUGGUCUCGUCAACAGUAUUGUGGAGUUCUUUUCGGCGUUCCCGUCGUCCAUACGGGCAAGUUUGCGGCGCAAGCAGACCGAGCGACGUGAGGCUGUGGCAAGCGCUACUGUUGCCGAGGAUUCAGGUAAUCUUGCAUCAGCAGAGGCAUCCAAAGACGACUGGGUCCAUGGCCUCACACACGGUCGCCGGCGCCACGGCGGCUCCCUCAGCCCUACUUCUCAUCGGUCUCCUCCUGAGUCCUCGCAACCUCACCUUCGUUUUUCUUCCCUUGUUAAUUCCAAUCCGGCUUUAGGUGUCGAGGAAACGGCAUCAAUGUCUGACCCUCACUUUUUGUCUGCACUGACGUCUCAAGCGAGUCUCAGUGAAGAUGACGAAAGAUCUUCGAAAUCUGGAUCCAAAUUUAAAAGCGGCAAGCAUGUUCGUGGUGCGUCAUCCUAAUUGUCCCUGAACUGGAAAACAAGCAUGCUUUAUAUAUAUCAUCACUCAUGAUUGUUAGCAUUUAGUGUUUUUCCCAAAACAACUUUCAGAUGAUUUCCUUCCAGUGAAAACAUGUUUCAUCGUUGCAGCUUACGAGAGCUAGUGUUGCUCUCGUGUAUUGGAAUAAUAUUUUUCCGAUAACCAUGCACCAGAAUUGCUCGUUGUUCUACUCGUUGUAUGCGUUGGCUAAAGAGAGGGUAAUUUAAUGGAUGAAAAGAUAAUUACCAAAUUUAGAGAAAUUUAGAAGCAUUAUUUAAUAUUUUCUUAUAUUCUGAUAAACCGUCUUGACGUAACUGGGUGCCUUGCCAUUGAUUAAUACCAAGUAUUGUGUUUGAUAGUUUCACGAGCUCGUAGAGUUGUUUCAUGAGAACAGAAAAAAUUGCAAGCCCAUAUUUUUGACUUGAUUUCAUAUUUUACUCUUUACAGUUUCGUCAGGCAUUACGCUCUAUUAUCAUGAUCGCUCGUAUCCAGUGAUUCAAUUGAAUGGUUUGAAAAAAGAAAAGUGUUGGAUGAUCACUUAUUACGUAAAUAAUUUUGUUUCAAACAUUAUUUGUGUUUGGCCGCAGUACACUUUAAUUAUCUAAUUGCACUUUGUAUUUAUUUUUAAUAAUUAUGUCGUUCAUGGUUGUGAAUUUACCUAACGCUUAUGUCUUGUUGACAUUAUCUGAUGGUCCAGCUCGUGGGAAAUGUUGAUAAAUGUUAUGAAGUUUAUGUUUUCGCUGUGAGAUGAAAUCAUAUAUUUUGUUGAUUGUAUGUGUGUGGAUGGUAUACAUCCUGAUUCAUCAUAAUAUUGUUGUCUUCAAGGACAACGUUUUGAAACUGAUGUCAUUAUAAAAUGUUAUCGUUCAUCUUCCAGUUGUAGACAUUCAAAAAUGCCUGAAAAUAUUCGUGUGAUUUGACUCAUCUGUUCAGUUAAAAACUGGCACAGGGUGAAACCCAUGGAAAUCUAACGAGGGUUUCGCGAAGGUUUUCAAUGCUUUGGUGAUUUCCGGGAACUGAUGAUGGAUCUGGAAAUGCUAUAGUUUCCUACAUACCAUCAGUGACACAUAGGUCGCCACUCAGCAGCUACUGCCCUUCACGCGCCGCUCGUCAAUAAAAAUCUGAUGAUACUGGUCAGAAUUACGAUUUGUUAGGCUCGAUUGCCACAUGAUAACUAAGAAGCUUUUUCGAUCGCGCUAGAAAGUUGUGGCUUGGUUUUAAGAAAAUUUAUCGUUUCUUUUGAAGGCCGACGACAUAAGUGCUUUUUCGACGUUAGUGGCAUUGACGGUAGCGUUUUGAAUUAAUUUAUGUCUCUUUCUUGGGCCCUACAGAUAAUCUUUUCAGCAAGAAUUUUUUUAACCUUACAGGUAUUUAAAAUUAACCACCGGGGUCUGUGGGUAAUUUAAACCUUCAAUCUCGCAUCGGAGAAAGAGCUGCCGCGGUUCUAUGCAUGAAACAUUGAGAAUAAAUUGUUGAGCUGCAUAAUCAAUGCACAAGUGGCAUAUCAUCGAAUUUAAGAGAUAAUGUUUCAUGCCUCAAUUGUUCGUUAGUGUAAAGUCUAAUAUGUAAGGCGCUUUUAGAAGUGUGGCUAUUUGAUAUUCAUAUAUUUAUCAGAUUUGUUUCUUGCUCUAGCAAGAAUUUCGUGCCAGCAAUACUGUUCGUCAUAUUUUCUUCUGGCCGCAUAUUAUAAUAUUACCUCCUAGCACACGUUGACGUCCAGACGAAUAAGUGUUCUAUGUAGAUAUUUCUUCGUGUAAGUCUUAUAGCUCAUUAUUUUGCUUUAAUUUUUUCCUCGAAAAUUUCUUGUAAAAUUCAAGCAUAUUUUUAUCUAUUUGAAGUCAAUCGCUUGUCUUUUGCUCGUGGACUGUCAACUCUCGUUCUACAAACACGUCACGAGUGCCACUGCGGGACAUUGACAGGAGCAAGCUCCUUGACUCAAGUUAUACUCUAGAAUCAAGAACUUUUUAGUCGUCAUGUGAUCAUAAUUACUGUGCAGCUUUUUACCUACCUUUUUGUAAGCUCUUAUUUAAAUUUUUUGCUUAUGACAUAUCAUAUGAGCCGUUUUAGGUUCAUUAGACUUAACUGGUCAGGCAAGGCCAUGCCGGAUAUGUUUUCUUCUUACAUUCCCGUUUCGUAAUACUUCACUGACUUUUGAUUCUAUCUAAAAAAAAUUAUCGACAAAAUAUCCUGAGGUAGGAUAGUAGAAUUAUUGACGUAUAAACAAUUGUUGCAAGCCUGUCUGUAUAUUUUAUGCAGAAAAUAUUGUACCAUUUUCAACUCUGUGUUCACAGUACUGACUUACUCUAUUAUGAAUGCUCUAGAAUGAAAGUAAUUCCUUCCCUUCCUAAAGUAAUUCCUAGAAUUUCCCUUCUAAUCUAACUUUUGUGAUAUUGUUACUGUAGUGCCUUCACUCUACCAUUUGCAAUCUAAAAAUUUCUGCUGGAAAAUUACCCUUUCCUGAUCUGUAAAACUUCGACAGUUUUAUUCUUUUUGUUACGGCAUAUUUUUACAACUAUUCCCUAUUUUUCUCCAUUGUAUUACUGAAGCAAUAUAUUUGUCAAUCAAUAA